GCCGCCCGACGCUGAAACAGCGAGCACGCGUGCCGCGCACUGCCCAGCCGCGCUAAUUUUACACGCCAGUAACUCUGCUCUGGUACAGCGUUGACCCACUGAUAGUGAAGUGUUGCCUGCUAGUGCUAGUGACUCACUCGCCGCACACGUCGCCGACACAGCGACAACUUUACACCUCAACACACCACACAGCCAAAAUGACAGGGCCCUUAUGAUAUUCCCACUGGCAACCCUUAACACCGUACAUUGCCAUUUUAGUAAUAAUGUGUCAAAUCCUAGGAUAGCAUUGUAAAAGUUAAAUGUUUUGAUAUAAAUAAUAUUAAAUUUACGCUUAAAAAUUUCUUUCGCAUAGCUUAUAAAAAUUUUGUUAAAAUAACGACCAUAAAUUUUUAUAUUACAAUAACUAAACGUAAACAGUGUUUGUGUGUGAUUUUCUACGUGUUAUAAAAUGACGGUGUGCCAUUAAUUGCGCCAGUUUCCGUUCAUAUCUAUCUGAAUAUAUAUCGGCGGGAAAUUCGUGGGGUGAGCCAAAAUGUCGUCGCGUACGGGGCAGCGAGGCACGUCAGUUGCGACCAGCCAGCGCAAACAUCGCUCGCGGUCUACCACGAGGUACGACAUGGAGAAGAAGCCGAAGAAGAAGGACUUCAGGACAUCAGGCACCACCAGCCUGGUGUCCAUCCCCAACAGCAUCAAGCUGCCUAUGCUCAACAGUGGCCUCAUAUCGCUUGAACGAGUCACGUUUAAGCCCGAGACCGACGAGAACGGUUCCAUAUCGGAGACGAUACCGGACCGGCCCGUCGAACUCAAGAACUUCCCCAAACUCUGCGACCAGCGGAGAAAAUAUCCUGUAUUAUACAAAUUAGAAUUUCAAACGGCAGUCAAAGUGGAAACGCAUUCGUGUCGACACGCAACUAAGAAGACAAAUUCACAUAAAAACCAAAAUCAAAAAGUCAUACCUUAUGACUACAACCGAGUGGUGCUAGAGACGGUGGACCGAGAGCCCGACUCCGACUAUAUUAAUGCUUCCUACAUAGAUAGUAUAUUAAAACCAAAUGCGUACAUAGUAACUCAGGGUCCAACGGAGGAUACGGUGGUGGAUUUCUGGCGGAUGAUUUGGCAGGAGCGGGCCGCCGCCAUUGUCAUGCUUACCAAGACUUUCGACUUUAUUAAGGUGAUGUGCGUCCAAUACUGGCCGCCGAACAAAGAGAAGGACGAGACAUAUGGAGACAUCAGUGUGGGCAUCGUGCAGGAGGAGGAACUCGCCAACUUCCAUAUACGAACCUUCAGACUUUAUAAGAGUGAAAAAAAUGUGGUAGUAGAAGAGCGAUUCAUCCUACAGUUCCACUACACCCAAUGGCACUCCCACACGUGUCCGUUCAGCAACGCCCUGCUGGAGUUCAGACGUCGUGUCCGCGCCGUGGUCGGCAGACGACUGGCCACCAACCCCGCUGCGGGGCCUAUGGUAGUGCAUUGCAAUGACGGUGGUGGUAGGUCCGGAGUAUACCUGGCUAUUGACGCAAACCUCGAGCUGGCGGAGGAAGAAGACUGCUUCGAUGUGUUCGGCUUUUUGAAGAAACUGCGCCAAUCCAGGAAAGGCCUUAUAGAAAAUGAAGAACAAUACAAAUUCGUGUACGACACUUUAGAAGAGCACGUCGUCUGUGGAGUGUCAUGGUUCCCAGUGUCAGAGCUCUCGCAGAGACUGAAACAGAAGUCUCAGAGAGACCCGGUGUCGAAGCUGAAUGAAUAUCAGAAGGAGUACCAGCAGAUCUGCAAGCAGACGCCAAGGUUCACGAUAGGAGAUUGUGCGGGAGGACACAGAGGAGAUAAUCGAGAGAAGAAUCGGGAUGUCCUUGUUGUGCCACCCGACAACUUUCGUCCAUACCUAACGUCGUUCCAAGGCAACAGUUUCACGGACUACAUCAACGCUGUGUUCGUAGACGGUUACACCAAACCCCGGGAGUACAUAGUGACGGAGUGGCCUCUCGUCAGAACGCAGGGAGAGUUCUGGUCCUUAGUGUAUGACUACGAAUGUGCGGCUGUCGUGGUAUUGUGCGUGCCUCCUAAGAACUCUCAACAAUUCCCUCCCUUCUGGCCCGAGGGUCGUCAUUCCAAGAAGUACGGACCCGUGUUCACGAUAGACCACGUCUCACACAACCACUAUACCAACAUCAAGACUUGGAUAUUCAGAAUUAAUAAGAAGAUCAUAUCGCUCACGGAGCUAAUGGCAGGCGUGAAGGCGCCCACGAAGACGGUGCAACUGUUCCAACUGACGUGCUGGCCGAUGGGUCACAAGGUGCCUUCCUCCACCAACUCGCUGGUCGAGCUCAUGAACAUGGUGGAGAGGUGGCGACAGCGCACGGACUACGGACCCGUCUGCGUUGUGUCACCGGAUGGUCGGAGUCGCGCCGGUGUGUACUGCGCGGCCAACGCGUGCAUCGAGCAAGUGAUCCAACACGGCGAGGUGGACGUGUUCCAAGCAGUCAAGACCGUGCGCCGACACCGCCCGCAGCUCGUCGAGAACAUGACCGAAUACAAGUACUGCUACGAUCUAGUGCUUCAUUACGUGCUGCACUAUUUAAAUAAAGACAUGAAUGAAAAGAAGUGAGAGUGCGAACUUAAGGACGAACUCUGGUUCAUCGAGUUCGGCCGCGGCGCAGCGCUGCC